GCGCGGUUCCGCCCCCGCCUCGGCCAUGGCGGCCGUCGAGGAGCUCCGGGAGGAGGCGACUUGCUCCAUCUGCCUGGAGCUGUUCCGCGCCCCGGUGAUGCUGGGCUGCGGGCACAACUUCUGCCGCGGCUGCAUCGCGCUGUGCUGGGCGCGGGCCGCCCCGUCCUGCCCGCAGUGCCGGGAGCCCCUGCCCGGCCGCCGCCUCCGCCCCAACCGCCCGCUGGGCAACAUCGCCGAGCGGCUGCGGCGGGGGGGGCCCGCCCGGGGGGCCCGAGGUGAGGCCCCGGCAGCCCCAGGGCGGGGGGCCGGGCUGACACCCCCUGCCCCCGGGGGGCCGGGCUGUGCCGGGCUGCGGUCCCGUUGCUGCCGUUCCCCUUCCCCACGCUCCGUGGCUCGGUGUAACCAGCUGCCACCAAAUCCACUGGUGCCACUGCCCCCAGUAACUGGCACUUUGUCCUUGCAGCACUCGCACCCACAGGAUACAGAGAGCUCGUGUGGAAGGAUAACUAUGGAAGGAUUUAAUGAGAAGGAGCAAAUAGAGUCCCAGCUGGAGAGCCUCAGGAGAGAGAAAGGAGAACUGGAAGAACAGAAAAAGAAGGAGCAGGGGGUCUGCCAGGACUGUCUGGAAAAAGUGAAGCUGCAGAAGCAGAAGAUUGUGCCUGAAUUUAAGCAGCUGCGACAGUACCUGGUGGAACAAGAGUGCCUGCUGCUGGCUCAGCUGGGAGAGCUGGAGAAACAGAUUGAAACAAGAUUGAAAGAAAAUGCUGCUAAAUUCUCCAAGAAGAUUUUUCAUCUGGAUGGCCUGAUCAAGGAAAAGGAGCAUCAGCUGUUGGGACAGGAGUCCCUGCAGGACACUGGGGAUGUUUUGAGCAGGUGUGAGAGCAUAAAACUCCAGCAAAAGGAGCAGCUGAGCCAUGAGUGGAUGAAGGAGCCCAACACCAGCUCAGGAAAAGUUUCCGUGGCAAGAAAACCCCAAGAUGCUUUGACAACUGACACAGAGGAGAGCGUGGAGGAAUCACAGGGACUGUACACAAAAGUGAGUGUGACUCUGGAUCCAGACACAGCUCAGUCCCGGCUCGUUGUGUCUGAAGAUCGGAGAUGUGUGGCUCAGGGAGUCCCACAGCAGAGCCAGCUUGACAACCCAAAGAAAUUUGACCCGUGGCCUUGUGUGCUGGGCUGUGAAGGAUUUGACUCGGGGAAGCCGUGCUGGGAGGUGGAGGUGGGCUAUGGGUCUGCCUGGGCUGUGGGGGUGGCCCUGGAGUCCGUGAAGAGGAAGGGACCAAUUGACAUGAGUCCCACUGGGGGCAUCUGGGCCGUAGGGCAGUACAAGGAGAAGUUCCAGGCUCUGACUUCCCCAUCUCCCACCCCUGUCCUCCCCAGCACGGCCCCCCGGAGGGUGCGGGUCUGUCUGGACCAUGCAGGGGGGCAGGUGCUGUUUGUGGAUGUGCUGAGCCAGGCUCUGAUUUUCACUUUCCCAAGAGCUGUGUUUGCGGGGAAGCGAAUCCACCCCUGGUUCUGGGUGGGUAAGGGGUCCCAGCUCAAACUGUCCUGAGGAGGUGUGUCCCUCUGAGAGGGGUCUGCUGUGGCCACCCUGCCCUCCUGUUACUAACCCAUCUGGUUAGUCCUUGGGGACUACCAUCUGCUUCCAGAUCUUCAGCCGUCUCCAUCUACAGACCCUGAGCCUCAGAGGCUGUUGGACUCCUCUCUGCCUGCCCAUGGAGAGCAGGAAUUGCCUUGCUAGGAGCAGAGGUCUGUGGGCUUCCCCAUCAUUGGUCCUACCACAGUGGAAGAGGCUUUUGGAGCAGUGGUGAAGAAAGGCCAUUUCUGGGGACAUACUUCAUAUACAGGAGCCAUGAGGGGACUGAGGGGCACGGCAGUGGCCGUGCCCUGCCUAGUGAUGGUAUGUUCUCACUUAAGGAAAUGGGAAAAUGGGUAAGGAAGGUGAAACCUGUCCCACCUGGCCAUGGGGUGACACUGUAGCCCUGAAGCUUCCAUGUCUUAAUCCCUGUGUUUGGCCUGAUUUAAUUAUUGUGAAAUUAAGAAAACACAAGUAAAUCCAUCUCUUUGGGAGGUGUUGGUAGGAUUUACAUCUCCAGAUAAACUUGUGGGUGCAAUAGUGAUCACUGUUUUUUUAAUAAAAUGAGUGUACUGGUAA